UCAAGUCGUCACUAUGUUCAGACACACAACACAGUGUUGCUACAGUUUUACAACAGCUCUGCAGGAUGGAGUUUAUCACUGACAUCACCGUCAUCAUUGAUGCAGCACAUUACAAAGACAAUGGAAGAUUAAUGAAGAUUCUUCAAUCUUACAGUCCUGAGAAAAAAGCUUCCUGCUACAUAGUGAGAGGAACCUCCUAUGAGGAGGUGGAGAACCUUUCAGUCAAACUGUCAGCUGGGAGGCAUCACUCCAGUCCUGUCACACGUAGACGAACCAGUCUGCGAGAUGCUUCACCCCAUGUCAAACCUGUGGAUGUAUCCAGCUUUGUUAUGGCCUACAUUGAGCAAAAUUGUUCCAAAGAACUAAAGAAAAUUCAAGGGAACAGUUUUGUCAUUGAAACACAGCCUAACCUCAGAGCAGGACACAAUAAACCCAACAGCACAGUACGGGUAACUUUCAGACCACAACCUGUCUCCUUUGACCGGGUUCACGGGGACUUUGUCAGACAGCGAUUCAUCACAUUCUACCAGAGAACUGCCUCCGACCUGCAGGUCACAUCUGUCCCUGUGAGUCCACAUGAGCACAAAGACCUGCAGCGGAGAUUUCCACACCUCCUCUUUAAACCCAGCCACAACAGAUCUGAAGUCACAGUGACUGGGCCUUUUGUGCAUGUUGCUAAAUUGAAAGAGUUCCUUUCACAAAAUACACUGAGCUCAAGAAAGAGUUCAGUGAAAAAAAGUCCAGCGGACACUCCAAGCAGCAGAACCUCAGGUCCUUCACCUGCACACAGCAAAGAUCCUGAAGGAGAAUCAUGUCCAAUCUGUAUGGAACAGAUAGUCACCACAGAGAAAGAGACUCUGCGGUGCAAGCACUCAUUCUGCAGAAGCUGUCUGAAAACAGCCUUUGACUACAAGCCUGUGUGCCCGACAUGUGGACAGUUAUAUGGCAUUUUGACAGGAACACAACCUGAUGGAGGCAGAAUGGAUGUCACCGAAAGCUCUUCAUCUCUGCCUGGAUAUGAGAAGUAUGGAACAAUAACAAUUCGCUAUUACGUUCCAAGUGGCAUCCAAAAGGAGGAGCAUCCCAACCCUGGUCAGCCGUAUGAAGGUGUGUCCCGUACAGCCUACCUUCCAGACUCCCCUGAGGGCAGAAGGAUCCUGAAACUGCUGAGGCGAGCCUUCGACCAGAGACUCAUCUUCACUGUUGGUCGCUCCACCACCAGUGGCAGGAACAAUGUGGUCACAUGGAAUGAUAUUCACCACAAAACCUCAACACAUGGAGGACCUACUCACUAUGGAUACCCAGAUCCUGAUUAUCUCAGCCGGGUUCGAGAUGAACUGAAAGCCAAAGGAAUUGAAUAAGUUACUGAGGUUUGUCUAUGUAGAGCUAACAUGACGCCUUCUAAGGUAUAUUUCAAGCUGGCAAUCUGAAUCACUUACAAGGACCGGUUCUUUCUACGGGCCACUCCACCCUAGGGGCCCCAGUGCAAUUGUACUGCCUGCACCGUCUAUAUUCACGCCCCUGGCCUGGUGUCAUUUUUGCGUUGUAGUGUGCACAGAGAUGUUUUGUAAUAUUAAAGUGGACGGGAUUAUUUUUGAAACAGGGGAAAAUUAUCCAGGGAUUAUGGCACAGAGGACUAUGAACGAGGAGGGAUACUUAGUGUCAUUGUAAUGUACUUUGUUAUGUACUUUGAUGUUCCCCAGUUUUGUUUUUCAUCAUUUUUUCUUUCUUGUGGCUGUUCUGGCAUUAUUGUUUGUUGACAUUUUUUGUUUUAUGUUGGAAAUUAUCUAAUUUGAACUCACUAAAUAAACUAAGCACAAAAAGUAAGGAAAUUUGUGUGGCAGAUUAUUUCUUUGUUGUAACAAUGCU